CCCACAAACUUUCUUUGUUUACGUUUGGCCAGUGAUCUGCUGAAGGCCUACUGUUUUCUGUAUUUGUAUUUUAUUAAGUAAACCAACCUAUUUUAGGAGAUAAGUACUGGCAGUCCGUGGUCUCAAGAGGACACAAGAUGGAGCCUCAAGAAAGAUUGCUCUUAUGACUAGCUCUAAAUUACAUCAUCGUGCUUCACUAAAUACUUUGGCUACAAAAAACAUAACAAGAUAUCAAGAAACUUCAAGUGUAAUAAAUGGAGAAUCUACUAAAAGUGGUUGAGGCCUUCAUAAAUGAAAGAAAUGCAAGUGGUAACAAAAAAGAGUAAUACAGUAUUAAAAAUAUUGUUUUAAUCUAAGAUGAGUUUGUCAAGCAAUUAGUGUUUUUAUCUGUGUUGUAAAUGUCAAAUCAGUUCUCUGUAGGACUUUCUCUUGUGGCAUAGCUUGAAGAGCUAUGUCGUGGCUCAGUGUCUUUACCCAAUUCCUGUGCAUCUUAAAUCCUUCCCAGCACUGCUAGUUUCCCCACUGAAGUUAUCACUUAUGUUAUCUGUGUAGUGCAUCAUGGAGUGUAUAGUACAAGUAACCAGUCAUCACAGAGUACAUUACAGUUCACCACCAGUCCAAAAAUAAAAUUAAUCAUAUAUAGACAUCCUUAAUAUCUACUGAACCUACUGCUCAUAUUCAACUACAGUAUUAUUUAAAGUUUAACCUGUGUAUUGUGCUGUUCAACAGUAUGUAUGACAAUGGAAGACUUGGUGCUAUACUGUACUGUGAAAUAAAAAAUUUCUAAAGUUUAGGGUUUCAUAUAAAUGAACUAUAUAAUAUUUUGCUAAGUGUGACAGCUAAAAUAACUGUAUAUAUUUAAGAGAUGUAAAAUCACAUGCAUAUCUCAGGAAAUACACCAUUUAAGUUUUGAGUGGACAAACUAUCUCGCAGUAGUAGUUGUUUACUGUACAAAAGAAACCAUUUCAGUAUUUAGUGUUGUACUGUACAAACUUUGUACAAGAAUUUAAAUUCAUAUCAUAUAAUUAGUAACAAGAAAACCUACUUGUGUCAUCAAUACUGAGCUACAUAAUAAUUGAAUCUUUGAAAAAAAAUGGAGGGUCUUACAGGAGGGAAAGCCUUUCAGUGUUCAGAGUGCCAUAAAGGUUUUUCACGCCAGGGCAAUCUUAAUCAACACAUGAAAGUUCACACAGGUGAAAAACCAUUCCAGUGUCCAGACUGUCGUAAAUUCUUUGCACGCAAGUCUGUGCUGAUAAAACACAUGAGAGUUCACACAGGUGAAACACCAUUUCAGUGUCCAGAAUGUAAUAAGUAUUUUAAACAGAAUGGUAAUUUGAUAUCACACAUGCAAGUUCACAAAAACGAAAAGCCAUUUGUGUGUUCAGAGUGUAAUAAAAGUUUUAAACAUAAAAAUACUCUAAUAAGGCACAUGCUAGUUCAUACAGGUGAGUUACCAUAUCAAUGUUCAGAGUGUCACAAAAAAUUUAAACAUAAAGUUAGUCUUGUAGCACAUUUGAGGUUUCAUAGAAAUGAAAAGCCAUUUCAGUGUUCACAAUGUCAUAAAGAAUUUGCACAAAAACUUAGUCUUAUGUUUCACAUGGAAAAUCAUGCCACAGAUAAGCCAUUUCAGUGUAAAGAAUGUCACAAAGCCUUUGCCCUGGAAACUCUCCUUAAAAGGCACGUUAGAAUACACACACACGAGAAACUGUUUCAGUGUUCAGUUUGUAAUAAAAACUUUCUGCAAAAAUAUAAUCUGAUGAAGCACAUGACAGUUCACACGGGAGAGAGGCCGUACGAGUGUUCACGGUGUCACAAAUGCUUUAAACGAGAAAAUGCUCUCACGAGACACAUGACGGUACACACACACGAUAAACCAUUUCAGUGUCCGGUGUGUCUUAAAGACUUUGCUCACAAAUAUAAUAUGACUAAGCAUAGAAAAAUUCACACAGGAGAGAGACCUUUUCAGUGUUCAGUGUGUCAGAAAGACUUUGCACAUAAAAGUAAUCUAUCCGAACAUAUGAUCAUUCAUACUGGUAAUAGACAGUUUCAGUGCUCGAACUGUAGUAAAUUCUUUGCACGUAAAUGCGACCUAAAAAAGCACAAGAAGAUUCACAUUCGAGAUGUGUUGUGUCAGACCACCGAUGAAACACCUGACAAUGAUGUUGAUAAUGACCCAAACUUCAUCAUCUGUAAGACAGAAGAGCCACAAGAACCAGAGAUCUAUAAUGAACCUACAACUAUAAAAAUUGAGAAAUUGGAAAUAGACACUAUUGCUAUCAAGGAGGAAAUUUAAGGUUUGUUUACCUGGACACCUUAAGUGUCUGAGAGAAUUGGUCCUUUAGUUCAAUUUGAACCAAUGUGUCACAAUUCAUACAUUACUCAUAUUUAGAUAUUGUGAUUGUUGACAUUAGUAUAGAUAUAUAGAUUUGUAUAUGUUGCACAUUAUAUACUGAUACAUACAGUAUAUUCACAGUGGGAGAGAAUUUUAUAUAUACUGUAGUGUACUGUAUAAAUACACAGUAUACAUACCUGUACAUAACUAACAACCAAGUACAACUCUUACUGUACAAGUGUUUUUUCAACUUAGUAACUGUCAGUAUUGUGACCCAAGAUUUCAAAGAAACUAAUGAAUCUAUAUUUGUAGUAAUGAAGCAAGAGCAACUAUGGCCAGUUUUAAAUCAACUCCAGUCCUUUUUAACAUAUUAUUGUUGAUACUUUGUGUAAAAUUAAUACAAACUUGAAACAAAAGUGUAAACCCAAAAUUCAUCCUCAUAAACAGUUGUAAUUUCAUCUGUUCUGCCAACAGCAAAGAUCUACAGUAUAUUUUAUAAAAAUGAUAACAUGUACAAAGUGUUGUAAUAAUAAAAUAAUAUGAUUUCA